CACUUUUUUACACUAACUUAACAUAGCCUCGUUACUGAAAGAAACUGGUUCGAGCCCCUGCUAACUCAAUCAUUUUCCCCAACCCGAGGGUAGUUUCUCUGAUGGCGGUAUUUUGUCACACUUGCAAGUAUUUUUUAGUGAAUUGUGCUGCUUCAUGUUAUUGUUGCCCCAACAAAUUGCGUUCCCCAAAAGUCGGUGGAUCUCGUUCGCGUGAGGAGCUCAGCGCUCUGUUAGCGGCAAUUCGAAAAGACAAACUCCACGCCAAUACGGUUCGUUCAAAUCGCCGCUGCAAACGCACAAACACCUUAAACGCCAAACGCACGUAAAUUGCGAGUAAUCAACCAGAUAAUAAAAAUGUGUAAACAGCUGUGUGUAGCUCGUUAAAAUAUAUUGUUUAUAUUCUUAAUCGGGAUGCUAGAAGCCUGAGGCUGCUAAAAAUAUUUGCCGUGGGUGUUUGUGUUUUUUCGCCAAGACCCCCCUCAUUUUUGCCGAAAGGAGCGUGGGAAUUACAGCGUGCGUGUAUUAGUGUUUUGUGUAUAACAUGGAUAUUAAGAAUUUCGCAGAUGAAUCCUUUUCACGACAAAUUAUAGUAUUGCCCUAAUGCACUUUUGAAUUUUCAAAAAGAGAGGGGAGAAUAAAGUGAAGAAAAAGUGGACAGAGCAAGGAUAACGUAUUAGUCAUCGCUGGCAGCGACGUCGACUGCGCAGUCGGCAGCGCAUCCUGGCUGCCUGUGCGGGUGUGCGUGCGUGUGUGUGUCUCUCUAUUUUUGAAUUUCCGCCGGUUUCUGCACAACAACAACAAAAGCAACAGAGCGGAGAGAAACAGUGGCCGUGCGACAAAAACAACAACUUGUUUGUUUGAUCCCUGAAAGAGAGCAAGGAAGAGAGCGAGCAGGAUGGAGCGAAAGUUUACGCGCGGCUUAAAUAAGCUCGGCUCAGCGGUGCAAAUGAGAGAGAAUGUCUCUCAGCUGGUGCGAGAGAGCGCGGUUUUGAUGAACUGCACUGGCCGCUAUCAGCGUAGCCCCUCCAUUGCGAACAAGCCACUCGUGGUGGAGCCGAUCGAUUUUGAAGCAUUUAUAGCCAAAAAUAAAACUGUUAUCCAAAAUGAUCCGCAGAGGGAGUUACUCAUCUGUCCCACAGAUGAUGUAUCGGAGAUUAUCAUGCCCCGCAAGCAGCGAACCAAUGCCAAAUCUGUGGCGGACAGAUUCGAUCCUCCCAAUGAGGCGAUUGUGUGUCCCCUUCAUGGUCCUUCCAUGAUAACGAAUGGAAAUGGACACAGUCAAGUGAGUCGGCAGGGUAGCAUACAGUCGAAUGGAAGCCACCACAACGGAAAUGGUAAUGGGCACACAAGCAGCAGUAGUAGCAGCAGCUUGAGCAAUUCCAAUGGACACGGUCAACUCUCCAGAAAGAGUUCACAGUGCUCGAAUGGCUCCUCCAGUCACAAGGAUUCCUCAUAUGAGUCAGCCCUGUCGUCGAUUACACUCCGAUCGAAUUUGGCUCAGCCGGAGGAGGUGGAUGAGUUUGCGGACGAUGGAAACGGCGAGGAUUUAGUCGAUGGACAGCCUCACGGAUCCAGGGCUGAGUGCACCAGAUUCACACGGCAGGCUCUCUACACAUACAGGGCUAAGAAUCACUUGAUCCACUAUAAAUAUAAUGCCUACGGUGGAAACUGUCACGAUCUACCCAGCAUAUCGCCUGCUGAGGAAUUGGUGGAAGAGGUCUAUGAAAUCGAUGCGGAUCAGGAUCGCAUUGACGAGCAGAUGACUCGCUCACAGGCGGACACCAUUACCAAGCAGGGAUAUCUACUAAAAGGACCCGAUUCGGCCUCAGAUCGAAUGUUUGCCAAUAUUGGCAAUAAAUCGUUUAAACGACGCUACUGCUAUCUGCGACAGGAGAUAGAUGGAACAUAUAUAUUGGAACUGCACAAGGACGAGAAACAGGGCGAAGCCAAAGCCACAAUAGUAAUGGACUUUUGCACAGAUGUGGUUCAGAAUCCCAAACGUGGUCGCUUUUGUUUCGAGCUCCGCAUGACGACGGGUCAUAAAUCCUUCACCUUGGCUGCCGAAAACGAACAGGACUUUAAGGACUGGCUCAGCAAGAUUUCAUCGGUUUUGGCCCAAAAUCGCGCACAAGAGGAGAAGCGAAAUGCUUCACUGGAGCGGCACCCAUCUAUUGGCUCGAAUCCAAGCCCACAGCUCCAGCCACCCGCAAUGGACCCCCCUACCUUUGGCACUUUGAAGGGCUUAGAUCAAUCACUUCAUCCCCAAUUGAUGAAGUAUGGACGAGAAACGGAUCACUCGAUAGCUUUGGCAAGAAGGGAACAGCGCCGCCGGCUGUUUGCUUGCUAUCAGUCACCAGUCAAGGGCAGCGGUAGCGAUAAUGUAGAGCAGUAUCGAGAGCACUUUGGCACACGGUUACUGCUCACCUGUCACAACCUGCGUUUCCGGCUGCAGUGCAUUCCCCAGGACGAGGGCUCCGCGGGUGGAGUCGAACAGCAGGUGGAACCCUAUAUCACCAGCCUGGCAUUGUUCGAUGCCAAGGCAAACCGAAAAUUAAGCGAGAACUUUUACUUUAAUGUAAAUGAGCAGUGGGCAGCCCAAUUAUUACCGAAUACCCCGGUACCUUCGUCAGUCGCUGGUUGUGGAGUCCCUAGAAAGUCAGCGGAGGGCGAUGAAAGGAGCUCUGCUUGCCAGGCUCCACAUUCCCUGUUCGAUGGAGUGUCUGCCGAGCUGUUGCGAUCCAAUCGACAGCAAUUUCAGCAAAUGAGGCAAUGUCUGCUUUCCGUGACAGCUCCACAUGCAGAUAUAUAUUUGGUUGUGCGCAUAGAGAAAAUACUGCAAUCAGGAAUAGCCCAGGUUGCCGAACCGUAUCUCAAAGCUGGCAAGGAUCCAAAGCUAGGCCAAAAAGUCUACAAAGCGGCGAAGAGCUAUGCUCAACAUAUUGGACAUUACCGGCAGCCUUUUGCCUGGGCAGCAAGACCGCUCUUCAAGCAAUACAGUCACGAAUUGGAUGUAGAUCCCAAAAGGGAGUUUGAGUUCAGUCCCAUUUAUCGCCAGGAGAUACCCAAACUGAAAGAUGAGGAACUUCUUAAGCUUUUGGUCGAUUAUCGCAAACCUGAAAAACUGAGCAAACUAACAAUUAUUCCUGGCAGUCUUAAGAUGCAGAUGCAGUUCCUGGACCAAACCACACCUUGCAGCUUAAGCAAAUCGCUGGCACCCUUGUCCACCUUUAGCCCAUCUUCCAAACAACCGCCCACUGUAGAAGUGGCCGAAUUCCAAAGCCAAAGUGAACGGGAUGCACACCCUUAUACCAGUUUCUGUAACCACCUCUAUGUGUACCCACUGAGUUUGCAGUUCGACAGUCAGAAACUGUUCUCAAGAGCCAGGAAUAUUACGGUCGUGGUGGAGCUACGUGAUGGCGAUGGGGAGUACAGCAAACCCUUAAAGUGCAUAUAUGGUCGUCCUGGUCAGGAUCUUUUAGUGUCUCAGAUUGCCUGCCCGGUGCUGCAUCACAAUGUAACGCCCACCUGGUACGAGGAAAUCAAGCUACGUCUACCGCUGGGACUAUUUCCGGAACACCACCUGCUCUUUUCCUUCUACCAUGUGUCAUGUAAUCUCAGCAAGAAAAGGGAUGCGCAUGCGGCGUUCGAAACACCUAUUGGCUAUGCGUGGUUGCCAUUGCUUCAGAAGAAUCGGAUAUGCCUGGAGGAACAACAGCUUCCGGUGGCUGCCACAUUGCCAGUCGGCUAUCUAUCCAUCCAACCCUUGGGAUGGGGCAAAGGGCAGAACUGCGGUCCGGAUAUCCAGUGGAUCGACAACCAGAGGAAUUUAUAUACGGUGGGACUGCGUAUGGAUUCCACGGUUCUGACUGCCGAUCAGCACUUGCACAACUUUUUUGGACACUGUGAAAGAUUGCUGGAGGGGGGCAAAACUGGAGCAGUGCCAGCGGAAACGGAAACCUGCAAGAUCUUGAAAGCUGCCCACGCCAUUGAUAUGAAUUCGUUGAUUAACUAUUUACCCACGGUUCUCAAUGAGCUGUUUACUCUGCUAGUUCACACUCAGUCGGAAGAAAUCGGCUUGAAUGUAAUCCGCUUGAUUACAAACAUCAUCCAUUUGAUCAGUGAUCAGGCGAAAAGAUCCGAUCUCUUGGGAGCCUAUGUAAAAUACGUAUUUCACGCACCCUACUACAGCCAACAAACUGCUAGGCAAAGGACUGUUCAUGGAGAACUCUGCAAGCAUUUGCCCUACCUCCUUAAUCCUAGCAAUCCGGAUUUCCUCAUCGUGAACAAGUUCAUGAGAUACUCGUCGAUAUUCUUUGAUCUGAUUAUAAAAAGCAUGGCUCAGCACUUGUUGACCACCGGUAGGAUUCGAAUGCUCCGCAACGAGCGGUUUCCCAAGGAAUAUGGGGAUCGUGUGGAACAGUUGAUUAAGGCACUAAUGCCCUACAUAACCACACGAUUUGAGGAUUUAAGUGAGGAAACUCAUUUGUUGAAUCGAUCUUUGGCCAAGUUUGUUCGCCAGUGUCUGAGCUACAUGGACCGAGGAUUUGUCUUUCGCUUGAUCCGCUGUUAUAUGGCAGAAUUUUCGCCUGGUAAUCCGAGGAUACUUCACGAAUACAAGUUCAACUUUUUGCAGGAGAUCUGCCAGCAUGAGCAUUAUGUGCCACUUAAUCUGCCAUUUGUUUUGAAUCCAAAGAACAGACCUCCUGAGAUGAUGCAGCACUUCACUCUUUCCGAACAAUUCUGUAGGCAACAUUUUCUUUCCGGAUUACUACUCCAGGAACUGAAAAGUAGCCUCAAUGAAGUGGGUCAUGUAAGGAGACAUGCGCUUGGCAUUUUCAAAGAUCUCUUGGCCAAACACGAGUUGGAUAACCGAUAUCAGCAGAAAGGUCAGCUCUCAAGGAUUGCCCUGCUCUAUGUUCCGUGGUUGGGCGUCGUGAUGGACAACAUCCAUCGUAUUGAUGAUUUAUCGGAGUCUGGAGCUUGUACGCCCAAUGGACACGUUUAUGCGGACUCCGCUUCCUAUACUAAGCGCUUGAGUUGUUCAAGUAGCUAUGUGUUCAGCAAGGACUCUUCCACUUUUGGCUCUUUGACGUCGACGCCGCGUUCAAAGAAUCGUCUGACUAUACACUGUGAUCAAGCGAGUCCAUACCGCACCUCGGUUCACAUGAAGGAGCACAACUAUCUGGCCGCUAUCGCUGGACAACCCAUUAGCAAUGGGAUCUCAAAUCUCUCACUAAAUUCAAAUACGGACUCGGGGCACUCUCAGGACACCACCACAAUAGGAGCCUAUACGAAUGGAGACACAGAUGUGGCCCUACGAAAUGGGCACAAUCGCUCAGUGAGUGUUACCCAUGCACAGAUCCUGUCCCGCUGCGAUAAGUUCAGUUCUGUGGAAAGCAAGGAUCUUCUCCUGGGCUUUCUUUUCAUCAUUAAACACCUUUCACAAGAGCAAAUGGUUGGUUGGUGGCAAAACUGCAAUGAAUCCGAGACUCUGCAGUUUCUCUCCAUUCUGGAUCUCUGCCUGCUGCAAUUUCGAUAUGUGGGCAAGAAAAGUGUAGUGAUACCUACAGAAACCCGUCAGGGACGUUUGGCCAAGGCCAACACACUUCCAGCUAGGACUCAACCACCCACAUGCUUGGAAAACGGCAGUCAGGAACAGCAGCCAUCAAGUGGAACCCUGAAUCAAACCCGGGAACACCUAUUAGAGGACAUGGAUACACUAGCUAGAAGUCAGUUGGCUCUCUAUGAAUCGAAUUUGGCCACCGAAGUGGGCAUGAUUAUUUUGGACUGCUUAGGGCUGUAUGUCCUGCAGUUCAGACAACUUUUGGCCGAUAGUUUAGUCCUGCCCAAGGUGGCCAGAGUUUACCUGAGAUUCCUGCAGUUGGGUCAAUCAGAAAGGCUCUCCAAACACGUAUUUGCAGCUCUGCGAGCAUUUAUUAACAACUAUGCAGUGGCCCUUUUCAAAGGAAAUGCCAUGUUGUGUGGUCAGAUGGUUUAUGAGCUCCUUAAGGCCUGCGAUAGUCGCCUAGUGGAGAUUCGCCACGAAUCCUGCGCUGUUUUAUAUCUUCUCAUGCGCAGUAACUUCGAAUUCAGUGGCCGAAAAGCCCUAACCCGCGUACACUUGCAAGUUAUUAUCUCAGUAUCCCAGAUGAUUGGCAACGUAAUUGGACUGAACAAUGCUAGAUUCCAAGAAAGCUUGUCGAUCAUCAAUAGCUAUGCGAAUAGCGAUAAGGCGAUGAAGGGCACAGGCUUUCCUAUGGAGGUCAAAGACCUAACGCGUCGAGUGCGUACUGUACUUAUGGCCACUGCCCAAAUGCAGGCUCAUCAUAUGGAUCCUGAAAGAUUGCUGGAACUGCAGUAUUCCCUGGCCAAUUCGUAUGCCUCGACACCAGAACUUCGCCAUACUUGGUUAGUGACCAUGGCCAGAAAUCACGAGCAGAAUGGGAAUCUGUCGGAGGCUGCCUGUUGCCAUCUCCACAUUGCUGCUUUAAUGUGCGAAUAUCUCCGAUUAAAAGGAGGUUGCACUCUUAGUUGGUCAUCCACUGCAUUCGGAAAGAUAUCUACGAAUAUACCCCUAGAUGAGCAAGGUCUCAAACUGGAUGCCGGUGCUCAGGAUUCCCAGUACACAGAACAAAUGCUUCUGGAGCAGCUUAAGCUAUGUGCUGACUUCUUGGACCGCGCUGAAAGAUUUGAGUGCCUUGGAGAGCUCUACAAACUCAUCCUGCCCAUGUACGAAAGAGAUCGUAGUUACCAGGACCUGGCACACUGCUAUGAGCAUCUCACACAAGCCUAUAAUAAAAUAGUUGAAGUGAAUCGCUCAGGAAAGAGAAUGUUGGGUCGCUUUUACAGGGUUGUAUUUUAUGGAUUGAUGUACUUUGAAGAAGAUCAUGCCAUCGAGUUUGUGUACAAGGAGCCCAAGCUAACAUCACUCAGCGAAAUCUCUGAGCGACUGGCCAAACAGUACAAAGAAAAGUUUGGAGCAGAUGUAGUUAAGAUGAUCAUGGAUUCGUCACCGGUUAAAGUAGACGAACUUGAUGCCAAACUUGCCUACAUACAGGUCACCCAUGUGAUUCCUUUCUUCUCCAAGGACGAGCUAGACCAAAGGCUAAAUGAAUUCGAGCAGAAUCAUGAUGUGGACACUUUUAUGUACGAGACUCCGUUCACCAAAUCGGGUGCAGCCCGUGGCAGCGUAGAAGAACAAUGGAAGCGCAAGACGGUUAUAAAAACUCAAUACUCCUUCCCAUAUGUUCUUAAACGUAUACCCGUAAAGUCCCGUGAAAUCAUAGAACUGAGCCCCAUUGAGGUGGCCAUCGAUGAAAUGCAAUCCAAGGUUUCAGAGCUGGAGGAGAUCAUUCUCCCACCGGCCGAUGUGAAGAAGUUGCAGUUGCGUCUGCAGGGAAGUGUGGCGGUGACUGUAAAUGCUGGUCCUUUAGCAUACGCUCAUGCCUUUCUCGAUGCAAAGGUGGUUAACAACUUCUCAAUGGAUCGCGUCGGAGAUCUAAAGGAUGUUUUUCGCGACUUCAUUGUGGUGUGUCAGAAGGCCCUGUUCCUCAACGAGCGUAUCAUUAGCGCUGACCAGAAGGAGUACCAUCAUGUGCUCAAGGAGAACUACGAGAAGCUGUGCCAGGCGCUCAGUGAGUUGCUGGACGACGAGUCCUUCCAGCCGCUCGGCGACGAUGCCGACAGCAUAAACCAGCGCAACAGCAUGGCUUUGUUCAAUGCGAUCAGUGGCGCCUCCCAUAACUCAAGACCGUAUUUUGUUGAUCAAAAUACCAGCAACAGCACCCAUCACCACAGUUCCCACAUAAACACACAGAACUCCACACACCAUUCAUAACCGAUAACCGAACAAUAUAUUAUGUGCUAAACGACCAGUUCCAUAAGUUCCAGUUAAUCGAUAUUACUUGUUAAUUUGACUACGCUUGAGCGACUAUGAUUUAGAUUCCCAAUUUAUUGUUGUUAGAUUUUUAUGUUGGACAAUUAUAAUUACAAAAAAUAUUUGUAAGAUUUUUCAUAGCAUGCAUGUUACCGAAUGGAGCCCGAAAAUAGUUUUAAAUUUAAGUUUAAAACUUGUAUAUUAUUAUUAUUAUUUUAAUUUGAGUCCUUAAAUUAAUUUUAUUGAGCUAUCGGCUAAUGAUGCACUUAACGCAACCUAUACCAGUUACUUUAUUAGAUAAAAUCUGCUAACUUUGUGUCUUCUUCAGAACUUGAAAUGGCUAAGGAAUCGUUUGAUAAUUUAAUUAUUCCUAAAUGAAAUUAGUUUUAGUGUUAGACAAAUAAGUUCCCGCAAGCAACAGAACUUACCAAAGUAUUCAGAUAAAGGAAAAACCUAUUUAACAGAUCUACGGAUAUAUAUUUACAUACAUGCAUUUUCUAGUGAAAUCGUAUAAUGAACUAAAUACAAAUAUACGCAUUGAAUGUUAAA